AUGGAAGGUACUUCCCGCUCUGAGGGACAGCCGUUAGUGAAGAAGAAGGCCAAGAAGCCUGGGCCAGAUUCUUCUGGUGUUCAGCCUCCGCUGGACGUCUCUCCCAAGGAUUAUUUUAUGAAUGUAUGUGUUAUAUUUUAUGAAUCCGCUUUGCUGGAACAGCUGUCAAUGGGUCUACUUUUUCCAGAUGAGGGAGUGAAGGCCUCUGUAUGUUACAUUUAUGGCAAACUGUAUAGUUUACCAUCAGCCGUGGAAAAGCUCACCACUCACUUCACAGAGAAACUUUGUAGUCUUUUCUUGUCCACCUUGGAGAAUGCCCAGUCCAGGGAGCUUCAGAUCAACUGUUUAGGUUUACUGAAGCAGCUGCUAAAUUAUAACCAGUUUGUAUCCAUCUUGAUGAAUCAGUCUGGGAGUGAUGCAAACAUGGAAGAUACUAAUCUUCUACAGGGAGGGAAUCCAUUGCCUUUAGUGCUGAAAAAGUUGUUGCUCAGUAGAGAUGAAACUUUACAGACUGCUAGUGUCCAGAGUGUGGCUGCUAUACUAUCUUACUCCCCAGUGCAGUAUGCCUCAGCUUUCAUAGAUGCAGAUAUUCCAGAAUUCUUAUUUGAGCGUCUUUCUUCUACUGAUGAGGUCCUUGUUUGGUCAGUGUACAGCUGUCUGAUUCUCCUAACUGAAGAGCGUCUCUUCUUCACUAAGUGUCAUACUCUGUAUGGCAUUGAGUCUUUAAUCCGAAGCUUGAAAGAAACACUUGCCUUAAAUAAUAUGGAGGUUCAAAAACAAGGACUUCUGCUGCUUACUAAGAUUCUGCAAAGUUGUCACCCCCGCCAUACAAUUCACAACAUUCCAGGGUCACAAUUUCAACGAGUUAGGAGAAUUUGCUCCAAUGAGUCGUUGUUUGAUGCACAGGCUUUAGAUUUAAAAACCAGAUUCAUCAAAAGAGGUUAUAACAAAACAAAGGUAGAUAGAGCCUAUAGGCUAUCUAAAAAUGGUGACAGAAUACAGUUACUGUUGGAUAGAGAGACGAUUGUCAGGUCACAAAAUGAAAAAUCAGGCUUCGUGCCCACUGAGCAACCUGUAGGAAUUAAAUUAUUUACUAAUCUGACAACUUUCAAAGAUGUCAUCAACACACUCAAGCAAGGUGUGAACUAUCCUUCCUUGGUGAUUGCAACAAGGAGUGCAAAAGCUGUUGCUAUUUUUCUGAGGAAGGAACACCUGAGUACUCCAGUGCUCUACAAAGAGCUGCAACUGCUUGUAGAAGCUGUGCUGAUGCGAUGCUCUGAUUUUUCACCACCAGUUUCAAGUAAGAGGCAUGUGGAUUACACACCAGGCAGAGAAAAGUCAAAAGUUUUCUUCAAGCAGGGACAGUAUUUGUUUUGCGCAUUAGAGGCUUUCAACAGUGCUUGCAGAUUAGCUCUUGAGUGCCAAAGUGAUCCAUCAGUGCAGGAGAAUGCUUUUGCUGCUCCUAGAACAGAAAAUGAAGAUAAUAUAAGCAACUUUGCAACAUUCCUCCUUAGAAUCUGUGACAGUUUCUGUAUCCCCACUGUGAUGAAACAUUGUGAAGGAGCUGCAGAUGUUGCUGUGAUGGAGGUGUUUUUCUCCAUCUUGAACAUGCAAUUUGUUAUUGUUCCUUGCAUGAAAGAGCAGCUCUGUGUGAAACUAGCUUCAUCCUCGUUCAUUAGACUGACAUUGGAACUCAAAGCCAAUUUCUGUAGUGGACAGAGAAACCCUGGCUUGAAUGAAGCUUGCUCAAAGUUUCUAUGUGAUUUGCUAUGCAUUUUGUAUUCUGUUUUUGGAAAGGGAGAACAUCCCCAAACUGAGAUUGAUGAGAUAAGAUCCCUCCUCCAAACUAGUGUGGGCCAUUUAAACUACAGUUUCUCGGAGACCCUGACACUUCUUUCUGAAAUAUCCAACACGCUCGUAGUAGAUGAAAUUCUUCGUAACAGCCAAUACGCACUUCUGUUUAUAUUUUUUCUUGCUUAUGCACAUCAAGACAGGUUGAUUCAAGAGACCCAGCUGGUAAAGGCUAUUUGCAACUUCCUUCAUUCUGUGCUAGACCAGGGAGAUACACCUCCUACAUACAUCAUAAAAGCCAUCCUAUAUCUGUUAUCUCUGUGCCAGGAAAAGUGUGAUCCAGUAGACUGGGGUUUUCAGUUUGUUCCUAAUAGACCUCUGAACAUGGUUAACACCUUGGUGGAUGUCAAAUUAUUUUUGAGGAAGUUAAAUCUGAAGUUGUUUUUCAAGGAGAAAAGAAGAGAUGAACAAAAUCUUUUGAGAUCAAUCACUUUUAACCCCCCGCUUAAUCCAGUUUUGAGAGUAUUUGAGGAAGUUGUGGAGCAGGACAUUAGAAAGAUGUUUGAGAUUUUGAAUGAUGAGGAGACAUAUAGUGUAGCAUCCAAAAAUGAAAUUCAUGUUUCAUGUGCCAAAAUUCAGUAUUACUUGAAGGGCCAUUUGUUACAAGGAGCAAUUAAUAAGAAAUUAUAUGAUUUUUUAUAUGUGGAAAAACCACGUAUUCCGGUUUCACUGAAUAUCACUGUAAGGCUUCUUGAGAGCAUCCGUUCUUUCUCCACAAUCUACAUACAUCAUCCAGUAUUCCUGAAAUUUUUCUUCUGCUACUCUGAGCUGACUGAAAGAUUUGGGUCCAUUGUACUUGAUCUGUGGUUUCUCCAUGAAGACCAAAGCUGCAGUGAAACUGAAAGAAAUACAUAUCAGCUAGCUGUUUCUCCAUAUAACAUUUCUGACCCAAGUCAAGAAGUCUGCAUUUUAUUGAGUAUCCUGAAACAAAAUCCUGAUGCUUUAAUGCUCUUGUUGGUAACUAACAAGAACCUGCCACUGGUGCUGGAUCUUCUUUCUUUGAUACAGCUAAAAAGUGAAGAAGGAAGGGAAUUGGAUAGUAUAGACUUCAAGCUCUUGUAUCACGUGAGUAAUUUAGCUGGAAGGUGUAAAACAUGGCAUACGGAUGUCCAUCAGCCAGCUUUUAAUUAUAUGUACUGCAGUCUCCAUCGGACAGCUUCCAUCACUAACAGCAGAGCUGUUUCCAUAUUACUUUCUAAUACACUUUUGAUGGAAUUAUUGGAAAAGAUCUUAGCGUCAUCUUGGACAAAUCAUACUUGUGUCACACCCUCUUCAGAGACACUUCUCUGCUGUGCCUGGCUGUUGUCAGCUUCUCUUCUUCACUAUCAGCAUUACUGCAGUUCUGAGGUUAGUCCUGUAAUAAUGUUACACAACACAUAG